AUUGAUUCGUAAUCCAAAUCCACUGAUCCACGUUGGAUAUUGCAAUGUCAACGGUUCAACAAAGAUUGUUUAUAGGGCGCCCACUUUUUUGUCUCUGUCUCUAAUAAAAACCCCAUUUUGCUCUUUGCGUACCAGCACUUUUUGCUUCUCCACCACAACUACAAAACCAAUUCGAACAGAAAAAACAUCAAGAGACAAAAAAAAAAAAAAUGAAGCUUGUUUGGUCUCCAGAGACUGCAUCAAAGGCUUAUAUUGACACUGUUAAAUCGUGUCAGCUUUACCAAGAAUCUGGUGUCGCAGAGCUAGUCUCAGCCAUGGCUGCAGGCUGGAACGCUAAGUUCAUAGUCGAGGCAUGGUCACAGGGCGGAGUUAUAGCAACCAGCGUAGGCCUGGAGGUUGCCAGCCGUCACACAGAAGGGAGACAUGUGUGUAUAGUUCCUGAUGAACGAUCACGGUCUGAAUACAUUCAGGCAAUGACAGAGACUGCUGGAAUCUCGCCGGAGGUGGUUGUUGGGGAGGCUGAACAAGUAAUGGAGGGGAUUACAGGGAUAGAUUUCUUGGUGGUGGAUUGCGCACGAAGGGACUUCUCCAGGGUGUUGAGGCUGGCAAAACUCAGCAACAGAGGUGCAGUCCUUGUCUGCAAGAACGCAAAUCUUAUUAAAAGUGGAGCUGGUUUCAGAUGGAGAAGCAUUAUUGAUGAUGAUGAUGAUGAUGAUAUGGUUGGAUCACGCCGGCUUGUCCGGUCUGUAUAUCUUCCUGUAGGAAAGGGACUGGACAUCGCUCAUGUAGCAACCGGUGGCCCAAAUCCGAGCUCACGAAAUGGUGAGAGGCGAUGGAUCAAGCAUGUUGAUCAACGAUCUGGAGAAGAACAUGUUAUCAGAAAGUAAAUCCUUUUUACGGUAUCGGAGGAAAUUAUUUCUUGUAGAAGUUUUUUUUUUUUUGGCUAAUAGCUUGGAUAACUAAAUUAUUUUAUUUUUCUUCUACAUGAAUCAGAAUUGUACAUAAAUUUACAGACAAAAUUGAUGUAUU